UGGAACGUACGCCGCUCUAUCAAAACGGUUUCCUCAUCCUCUCGUCUCCUGGUGGUGGUGAUAACCCAUCAAUCAAUAAUUCACUAUGGUCUUCUCAUGGAAUUGCGUCAGAUUUCAGAGCUGUCGACCGCGGCGUUAAUGCCACGGUGCGUGCCCUCACCUCACUCAUCUCAUCUGAGUUAAGUGAAGCCUUCAGAAUUUUUAGGGUUCGGGCGGGGAAUGAAAGCAAUCUCCGCUCUUAGCACAAACCUCUACUUCUUUAACCAACCAAUUGGUGAUUUCUUUGUACUAUUCCAAUCCAGCUUCUAGUCUUCUAGAGUUUCAUUUUGGGGGACUAAACUAUCGCGCAACUUCAUGCCCAAAAGUCUUAGUUUUUUUGUUUGCGGCGGAAAGCCCUUUGCUUCCAGUCUUAAUAUAUUUGGUAUGCUAUCUUAGCCUACCCGGCAAAAAAAGAAAGCCCUUUGCUAGCUGUACUAUCUUAUUGCCCAGAAUCUCAUCUCUUGAAGAUAUAUUGAUUCGGUCCCGACCUAUUCUUGUCAUGACAUGGUGCGAAUACUUUGCUAUUGCAAGCUGACAAUGAUUCCCUGAAAGUUUCAGGCCCCAGCUGCACACAUGGACAUGUAUCACCCAUCAAAUAUAUGUCAGAAUAUGAAUGGUAUUAUGAACAUCUAAUCUCUAUCUCUCUGUCUCACACACAUGGAAUUCUUCUUCUCGUCGCUGCAAUGGCUACCGGUUCUAUCUCCGGUCAUCCUCUGUAUCCUUCUCUUCUCCUAUCUGUACACCAUUCUGUGGCUAAGACCAGAGCGGUUGAGGCAGAAACUGAGGAGCCAAGGAGUGAAGGGUCCCAAGCCUUCUUUUCUCUUUGGAAACAUACCAGAGAUGAGGAGAAUCCAGCAACUGACCAAGUCUGUGCAGGAACAGGAUGCAGGGACUAGUGACCGGGUUUCCUCAAAUUAUGUGGCUACUCUUUUCCCUUACUUCCUCCACUGGAGCAGAGUAUACGGCCCCAUCUACAUGUAUUCCACCGGAAGCAUACAAACUUUAAGUGUGAUUGAUCCAAACAUUGUGAAGGAGCUGGCCAACUGCAAGUCUUUGGAUGUCGGGAAGUCUAGCUUCUUGCAAAAAGAGCGUGGAGCUCUUCUUGGUAUGGGAAUUUUGACGUCAAAUGGUGACCUAUGGGUACACCAGAGAAAGGCAAUCGCACCUGAACUCUUCAUGGACAAGGUUAAGGGAAUGGUGAAUUUGAUGAUGGAGGCUGCAGUGCCAAUGUUGAACUUGUGGAAAAACGAUGUUGAGGACAGGGGAGGCAGUGCAGAGAUUGUGGUUGAUGAGUUCUUGAGAAACUUUUCAGCUGAUGUCAUAUCAAGGGCUUGUUUUGGAAGCAGCUUUAGUGAAGGCAAGGAGAUUUUUAUAAAAAUACGGCAACUUCAGACAACAAUGGCAAAACAAAAUAUGUUUAUUGGUGUUCCUGGAAGUAGGUAUUUACCAACAAGGAGCAAUAGAGAGAUCUGGAAUCUGGAUAGUAGCAUCCGUACCCUCAUUUUAAACAUAGCAAAGAAAUAUGAACAUGAUUCACCAACCACAGCGAACAAGGGUCUCCUGCACGCCAUCAUUCAGGGUUCUAAGGAUGGCCCCUUCACUUCAUGCACACGUGAGGAUUUCAUUGUCGACAACUGCAAAAACAUCUGCUUCGCAGGGCAUGAGACAACCUCGACCACGGCUGCAUGGUGUUUGAUGCUUCUAGCUUCACACCAUGAAUGGCAGUCCCGUACGCGGGUUGAAUUGCUGGACGUUUGUCAAGGGAGACCACUAGAUUUUGACAUGCUACGGAAGCUGAAAACGCUGACAAUGGUGAUCCAUGAGACGCUCCGCUUGUACCCACCAGCUGCUUUCGUCGUUAGGGAAGCUCUGAAUGACAUCAAACUUGGCAGCAUCGACAUACCGAAAGGGACUAACAUCUCGAUCCCGAUCGCAAUGGCUCACCGGAAUCCUUCUGUAUGGGGUCCUAGUGCCGACAAGUUUGAUCCGGACAGGUUUGCCAACGGCAUAGCGGGAGCCUGCAAGCCCCCUCAUAUGUACAUGCCCUUCGGCGUUGGGGUCCGGACAUGUGCCGGCCAGAAUCUAGCCAUUGUUGAGCUCAAGGUUGUUCUGUCACUCCUGCUGUCCAAGUUUGAAUUCACGCUUUCUCCAAACUAUGUGCAUUGCCCUGCGUUCAGGCUCACCGUCGAGCCUGGGGAAGAGAGGAGGAAGCUUGACGAGCGGCGGAGGGCAGCGGGAGGCGGCGGCGCGCGGGGAGGCAGAGGCGCGGUGGCGGCUCGCGACGGCGGGGAGGCUGCGCGCGGAGGCCGCGGGCAGGGGCGCGCGAGGUGGCAGCGGCGGCUCACGGCGGCAGCUCGCUGCGCGCGAAGGCGGCAGUGGGAGGCCGUGCAGCAGCAACGGAGAGGCCGGCGCCGACUCCCGGCCCCGUCGCGCGUGGCGGCAGCAGCGGGGAUUUGUUCCUGGCGGCAGGAGUGUCAGCCUCAUCUUGUUCGUCGCACUCCCAAAACCAAAUCUCGCGCUGUGCGAGCAGCGCGUCUCCGUCUUCACCAAACUGAGCUGCGAGGUUUUAAUCUGCAAGUCACACUAGGGGUUAACACCACAAUACUCCCAAUGGACCAAGGGGUGGACAAGAAUGUUGUUGAAAAUUCACUAGUUUCUAACUGUGAUUUACCUGUUGUAAAAAAGUUGGAAAAGUGUGUGUGUGAAGAAUCUUCUGUCCAGGCUCCCUUGGAAAAUAAGGAGGAUGCAAAAUCCCUUGGCAUAGUAUGUGAUCCUGAAAAUAACAAGAGUGGUGUUGCUAAGGCCAUUACCUCACCAAAGCAUGAAGCAAUUGAAUCUUCUAUCUCUAUAAAGGUUGCAGAUGAAAAUCCUUCAUAUGGAUGUCAGACACCUCGUGAAAGCAUCUUUGAUCCUUUUGCGCCAGGAGCAGAGGAGGUAGCUUGUGCACCAAAGAAGAAGGUGAUCAGGGCACCGGAGCUUCCUUCACGAAGGCAGCUAAGUUUUGAUUCAGGUGAUUACCCUGUUAAAAGGUUAAGUUAUGAAUUUGAUGAUUGUGAGGAGGAUGAUCAGUUUCUUGAACGGAUCUGCAAGAUGUUUAUUGAUCUUAUUAUCUCAAAUCAAGCGCUAGAGACAAAUGGAAAGGAUCUGUUAGAUUCUAGUUCACCUGGAAGCUGUGAAACCCCUUCAUCAGAACCUCUACUUACAGGCAUCGCAGAUGCUUGCCCAGAUGCACCAAUGAGGCGAUCUCUUAAAGUGGUGCAGCUUAGCCCAAGCAUUUGUCGAAAGCUUGACUUUGAUUCGGUGAGUCCAAGGUGUUUACUCGCUAAAGAGAAUAAGUGAUAGGCCUGCCUAUCAUGACACCCUGAAGAUCUGCCCGGGAACAACAUUUUGGGGCAGUUUUUGGCUACCAAUUCAGUUGCCCUGUGCCAAUAUGGUUAACUUUGCUAACUGAACAUGUAGGUAGUAAUGCAAAAGAAUUAGGAGACAGUUUAAGUUAUACAUGUAGCUUUUGUCAGUCUUCCUUUUAGCUGGGUUAGUUUAAGUCAUACUAUUAGAGUUGUGGUAUUUGACCAUGUACCUUUGUAAGUCUGAAAUGAGUAGAUGUCUGGUUGUACUAGUGAAUCUGUUGCAUUUUCAU